UUGUAGCCCUCAGCUUCAAUCUAAUGUCACUUCCACUUCCCCAAACUCUGAGCUGUCAGGGGUCCACACAGCUGAAGGAUUAUGGCACCAGGAAAGAAGGGAAUCUUGGCGCGUCUUGACGCCGGAGAGAUUGUGAUUGGCGAUGGAGGCUUCGUAUUCGCACUGGAGAAGAGAGGGUAUGUUAAGGCUGGACCCUGGACCCCUGAAGCUGCUGCACAGUACCCUGAAGCAGUGCGACAGCUGCACAGGGAGUUCCUGAGGGCCGGGUCCAACGUCAUGCAGACCUUCACCUUCUACGCCAGUGAUGACAAGCUGGAGAACAGAGGCAACAAACAAAGCUUCACUGGAGCUCAGAUCAACGAGGCCGCCUGUGAUCUGGCCCGUGAGGUCGCCAACGAGGGCGACGCUCUGGUCGCUGGAGGAGUGUCCCAGACUCCAUCCUACCUGAGCUGCAAGAGCGAGACAGAGGUGAAGGCCAUCUUCAAGAAGCAGCUGGACGUGUUCAUCAAGAAGGACGUGGACUUCCUCAUUGCUGAGUACUUUGAGCAUGUUGAAGAGGCUGUGUGGGCUGUGGAGGUGCUGAGGGAGACAGGGAAGCCCGUGGCUGCUUGUCUGUGUAUCGGGCCAGAGGGAGACAUGCACGGAGUCUCAGCUGCAGAGUGUGCGGUCAGGCUGGUUAAAGCUGGUGCCCAGAUUGUGGGAGUGAACUGCCACUUUGACCCAAUGACUUGCGUCAAAGCUGUGAAGAUGAUGAAGGAAGGAGUGGAGAAGGCCGGGCUGAAGGCUCACUACAUGGUGCAGCCUCUGGCAUACCACACUCCUGACUGCAACUGUCAGGGAUUCAUCGAUCUGCCAGAGUUCCCCUUUGGUCUGGAGCCCAGGAUCCUGACCCGCUGGGAUAUGCACAAGUAUGCCAGAGAGGCCUACAAUGCCGGCAUUCUCUUCAUUGGUGGCUGCUGUGGCUUUGAGCCUUAUCACAUCAGGGCUGUGGCUGAGGAGCUGGCCCCUGAGAGGGGCUUCCUCCCUGCCGCAUCAGAGAAGCAUGGCAGCUGGGGAGCUGGUCUGGAGAUGCACACCAAGCCCUGGGUCAGAGCCAGAGCCCGUCGUGCUUACUGGGAGAAUCUGCGUCCAGCCUCUGGUCGCCCCCAGUGCCCCUCCAUGUCUCACCCUGACAGCUGGGGUGUUACCAAGGGAGACUCUGCCCUCCUGCAGCAGAAAGAAGCCACCACUCAGGACCAACUCAAACAGCUGUUCGACAGGUCAACGAACCACUAAGUCAAUCCGUCACCCUCAGACCGGGUAACAGACAGGGAGUCAAACUGCUGUACUGUAGAGCCACUGAAGCACGGUGGCCCACUUGAUCUGUAUACGGUGCUGUAAUAGCAAGCAUAAUGUGUAAAAGGCUGAAACUGCUUGAGAAUGAGGCUGUUUUGUAAAGCAGAAGCCACACUGUCUUAAGAUAAUAAGUUAGUCAAUGUUAAGGCUGGGACCUGUUUUUGUUUUAUGUUUCCAUGACCCUGGACCAGUUUGUUUAAUAAAACAUAAGCUGAUAAAAUG